AUUUGGCCUCGAUGAUCGUGCAGUGAAAACCUGAUAUUGACAGCAAUAGUUUGUAAUUACUCCUACAAAGCCGAACAAAAGGCGCAUUUAACCCCUGUAUUGCAUGCAGUCACAUGCUGGCCUGGAUGAUAAAUACACCCACACCGGAGCUGGCUGAGAAAAGCCCCGGCACUGCUGCAAAGGAAACGCUCGGUGGAAAGUCGUGCAGCGAUCGAUUGCUACUGUCUGAUCUCUGUGAUGUAAAGAUGGAUGCCUGCCGAAAUAGGUUAUAAACGUGGGAAGUGAGUCCCUGGCAGUGUUUAACGUUCAGUUCCCUGUUCUGGCCAAUGCUUGCUGCGCUACAGCAUGACCACAGCAGUGUCGGCUCAUCUGGUAGUUCUGGCAAAUGAAAAUGGAGGAGGUUUCAAUGUCCAGCCUGGACAACAGCAAGCUGGAGGGCCUAGCUCAGGACAUCCUGUCUGACCUGGUGGAGGAUGCAUGCCUGGGUCUUUGCUUCGAGGUCCACCGGGCCGUCAAGCAGGGCUAUUUUUUCCUGGAUGACACGGACCAAGAAAGCAUGAGGGACUUUGAAAUUGUGGACCAGCCGGGAUUGGAUGUGUUCGGCCAGGUGUACAACCAGUGGAAAAACAAAGAGUGUGUGUGUCCGAACUGCAGCCGAAGCAUUGCUGCCUCCCGCUUUGCCCCGCAUCUGGAGAAAUGUCUGGGGAUGGGACGCAACAGCAGUCGCAUCGCCAACCGCAGAAUAGUCACUGGUAACAACACCAACAACAAGUCAGAGAGCGACCAAGAGGAUAAUGACGACGUCAAUGAUAAUGACUGGUCUUACGGGGCAGAAAAGAAAGCCAAGAAAAGGAAAUCUGAUAAGAAUCCAAACUCACCCAGAAGAUCCAAAUCAUUCAAGCAUAAGAGCAGCAUGAUGGGUCCUAGACGUCGCAUGGACAACCAGGAGAGCCCGCGCAUGCUGAUGAAAGAUGAGGCAUUCCCUCAAUAACACACUCAGUCACAAACACACAUUCUCCUACCAACGUGUGUGCACCUACACACGCACACACAUACGGGAAGACCAGUAACACUUCACCCUUGGUUCUUUAUGUUGUGAAAUCAAUGGACGUCCAUGUUAUAAGGUGACAUUCAUGGCGUUUGCUGCUGUGCACAAGCAGUUCAGACCUCCCACUGUAUACUUGACAGAUUUUUUUUUUUUUCUUUCACAAAAUCAUCGUACCAACACUCAUUUUAUUUUGUGUUAGUUCAUUUUUUGUGUCCUAAGAUUUUGCUGGAGUCCAAAAUAAUGAAUAUCACCGUAUACGAUUUCACUGCACAGAGUUUGAUUCUGGUGUCUGGUGCCAAGCAAAGGCAGCUGUGUGACGAGUGAACGUGUGCACAUACAGUAUGUUUUUUUUGUUUUUGUUUUUUUUAUUCAGAAAUUAUUAGGCAUUAGGUGUACUUCAAUUUCCUCACCUUUUAAAAGUCUCAUUCUUUGAAAAAUAAUGUCAAAGACAAUCGUUACUAAUGGUUUGUCUUUUAUUUUCACAUUCACCGUCAGGCUCAUAGUUGAAUCACAAUACAGUGUUUGAGAGAGAAGCAACUCAGAAGUUUGUCAUUCACCUGUGGAAAUUUGUUUAAAAAAUGUUCAGUAAAUGAACCCCUUAUUGUACAAGCAGGUAUUUGCUGCAGAAAGCAAGUUUGUUUUGUUUCAUUUUUGGUGGAUAGGUCGGCUUGUUUUUCUAGCAUUCAAAAAUGUCUUUGUAUCAUGUGUUUACAUUGUAAAGGGUUACAUAUAUCUUUGGUGUGAUGUGAUAGUGUAAAUAUUCCAAUAGUUGAAUUGCUGCUAUCAUGGCUCAGUUUGUUUCAUCUGUCUAGCAUAAUAAAUGAUUUGUUACCUGUC